CACACACACACACAAACACACACACACACUGCUGGGAGUUUCAUCAUCAGAUCCAGGCGAAGUUCAGGUGAAAUCCAGAUCCAGGUCAUCAUUUACACAGGAAACAGCAGAUAUUUACCACCUUGUGGUUUUGUUUCUGUUUAUCGGAAGCGAUUGUUUUCCAUUUAACUAACACAGUUGUGUAGGACUGUGUGUAUGUGUGUGUGAGGCGCUGAGUAAGGAAGCUUGCGGGCAGGUGUGUGUACGAUGGCGGUGACUGACCUCUCGGAAACCGCACAGCACGAGGGUGAUGGCCACAUUGAGGUAUUAGUUCUGGACACUUCCCCAUGCACUCAGACUCCGCCCACAGAACUCACCCUGGCCAUUACAGAAGAGGGCGGAGCCACAGAUCACCCCACAGACAGCACCGCACCCCAGUCACGUCUGUCUCGAGGAUUUGCGCGCUUGCUGCGUAAGAACCAGGACUACGUCCGCAUCAGUUUGAGUGAGCCACGCCAUGAGCGCCUGCAUGUCGAGGAUUUACCGGCUGAGUGGUGGAAAACGGGCGUGGCCUUCCUGUGGGCGGGGACUAUGCUUUUCUGCACCACGGUCAUGAUAACAGUGGUGCACGAACGCGUCCCGGAGAAGGCAGACAACCCGCCGCUGCCCGAUAAGUUCUUUGAUUUUGUCCCCCGUCUGGAGUGGGCCUUUACGGUCACUGAGGUCAUCGGCAUCGCACUGACGCUCAUCUGGACCGCACAGUGGUUCUGUCUCGAACACAAGUCAAUCAUAGGCCGAAGAUUCUUCUUCCUGAUCGGGAUCCUGUAUUUGUAUCGCAUCAUCACCAUGUAUGUCACCACGCUGCCUGUCCCGAGCACACAUAUGAACUGUGCUCCCAAGCUGUAUGAUGAUGCAGUAGGGAAAGUGCAUCGCAUCCUCCAGCUGCUCUCUGGAGGUGGUUUGUCCAUCACGGGUUCACACAUGAUGUGUGGUGAUUUCCUGUACAGCGGUCACACAGUCAUGCUCACUCUCACCUCCCUCUUCAUUACUGAGUACUCCCCCCGCAGGCUGUGGUGGUAUCACGUGGGCUGCUGGUUGCUGAGCAUGGUGGGCGUGGUCUUCAUCCUUGUGGCUCAUGAGCACUACAGCGUCGACGUGGUGGUGGCGUACUUCGUUACCUCACGCCUCUUCUACUGGUACCACACCUUGGCUAACAACCAGUCUCUAAGAGACUCUCCUCAGAAUUACCUCUCUCGUGUGUGGUGGAGGUUCUUCUUUAACUUCCUGGAGAGGAACGUUCACGCUGUGGUACCCUGUGAGUUUCGCUGGCCGGUUCCUUUGCCCACCUCCUGGAUAACUUCAUCAUGUGACUCAUACUCCAAAGUGCAGAUCACCCGAGAAGAGUGACACACACACACACACACACACACACGGGACGGAAGGUUACAGCUCAGGCUCUCACACACUGCAGUAUUUUACAGACUGAGAGGAUAGACCUCUGUGUGUGUGUGUGUGUGCACAUGUGCAAGUUUGUGCCGAAGUGCUUUAAAGACUAUCUGAUGAAAAAAAAGAAGAAAAUAAGUUAUUUUAAAUGAAGGAUGUUUAUGUUUGUGUCUCAGCCGCAUGCCGUUAGCAUCACCGCGGCGAGUGUGUUUACUGGCGUUACUGAAAUACUGUUUUUUAUGUUUGUUAAGACGUACUGUGUUCUAUUUCAGUGUCAAUAUAUUUUGCAUAAAUAAUGAAAGUUCAUCAGAGCAUGUUGUUGUGUUUUGUUCUGCUGAGACAUGUAACAUAAUAAACUAUUUUUCUAUAUA